CUAUAAACAAAGAAAUAAAGCAUUCUUCAUCAACCUACACUUUCUCACAUUUAAAAACAAAACAUCAAAAUCUUAUAAAGAAAAAAAAAAACUAAGAUCCAAAACAAAGCAAAAGAAGAACACAAAGAAAGAACUAAAAAAAUGUCGUGGCAAACUUAUGUAGAUGAACAUUUGAUGUGUGAUAUUGAAGGCACCGGCCACCAACUCUCGGCCGCCGCUAUCGUCGGCCACGACGGUUCUGUUUGGGCUCAAAGCAAUUCCUUCCCUCAGUUUAAAUCAAAUGAAAUUAAUGGUAUCAUGAAAGAUUUUGACGAACCUGGCCAUCUUGCCCCUACCGGCUUAUACAUUGGAGGAACCAAAUACAUGGUUAUCCAAGGAGAGCCUGGAGCUGUCAUUCGUGGAAAAAAGGGAUCUGGAGGUAUAACCAUAAAGAAAACUGGUCAAGCUCUAGUUUUUGGCGUCUAUGAGGAACCUGUUACUCCUGGACAAUGCAACAUGGUUGUUGAGAGGUUGGGAGAUUACCUCGUUGAUCAGGGUCUCUAGACCAAGAUUUUUCAAGAUUUCAAUAUUUCUGUUUUUUUAUACUAUACUUUUUAUUUUCUUUCAAUUUUGGUAUGUAUACAUUUCAACCCUAAAUUGGGAGUUGUUGCUUACAAUAACCAUGUGAAAAUUAAUUAAUUUUA